UUAAUGUUGCUAAAUGUCCUAGUGAUUACAUUUAAAAUUAUGCAGAUUUGUGCCAGAGUAAGAAACUAGUUCGAUUGGCUCUGGCUUCGUUUUUCAAACAGGUGGCAGGGAAUGUAGUCGAUCCCCGAUACAUAUAGUGAUUUCCUGGUCCACAGAAGCUAGAGGUAUUCUGCAAUAACUAUAAUAGAACAGUUGAAAUAACAGUUGCUGCAGUGAUGUCUGCGACGGCUGGCGGCAGUUCCUCUUCUUACUCGGCCUCCCAGGGCUCAGCGCUCACAGGACCCGGCUCGGGCAUGACGAUGUUCCGCUGGUUGGAGGUCUUGGAGAAGGAGUUCGACAAGGCUUUCGUGGACGUGGAUCUACUGCUUGGAGAGAUCGACCCAGAUCAGGCGGAUAUCACAUAUGAGGGCCGUCAGAAAAUGACCAGCCUAAGCUCCUGCUUCGCCCAGCUCUGCCACAAAGCGCAGACCAUUUUUCAGUUAAAUCACAAACUAGAGGCCCAAGUAGUAGACAUGAAGUCUGAGCUGUCCGAGGCACAAGGGGAGAAGAUUGUGUUUGAGAAGGAAGUCCAUGAUCAGUUGCUGCAGCUCCAUGCCAUCCAGCUGCAGCUCCACUCUAAGACGGGGCAAAAUGUCGACUCAAGCUGUAUCAAAGCCAAGAUGUCUGUCCCAACUGUGGAGGAACUGGAGAAAGAACUGGAGGCAAAUAAAAAAGAAAAGGUUAAGGAAGCUAAGCUGGAGUCUGAGGUGAAGUUAUUGAAGAAGGAGAAUGAAGCUCUUCGAAGGCAUAUCGCUGUUCUCCAAGCAGAGGUUUAUGGAGCCCGAUUAGCAGCUAAAUACCUUGAUAAGGAGCUGGCAGGAAGGGUGCAGCAGAUACAGCUGUUAGGUCGUGAUAUGAAAGGUCCAGCACAUGACAAAUUGUGGAAUCAGCUAGAAGCAGAAAUACACCUACACCGGCACAAAACGGUCAUUAGAGCAUGUCGAGGUCGGAAUGACCCAAAAAGAUCCACGCCUACUCCUGUUGGACACGACACAGACGCUUUAAAGAAGACUCAAGGUGUUGGACCGAUUAGGAAAGUCCUGUUGGCUAAAGAAGAUCACGAGGGACUUGGUAUUUCCAUUACAGGUGGUAAAGAACACGGAGUUCCCAUUUUAAUAUCUGAGAUCCACCCCAGCCAGCCUGCUGAGCGCUGUGGGGGUUUGCAUGUAGGAGAUGCCAUUCUGGCUGUAAAUGGCAUAAACUUGAGGGACGCCAAGCACAAAGAAGCUGUAACCAUACUGUCUCAGCAGAGAGGCGAUAUUGAGUUUGAGGUGGUGUACGUGGCCCCCGAGGUGGACUCUGAUGAUGAAAACGUUGAGUAUGAAGAUGACGGUGGCCAGCGCUACCGCUUGUACCUUGAUGAGCUAGAAGGGUCAACUUCCAACCAGAACAGCAGCAUUGGCAUUGACGAUGCUGGGCCAUUGCAAGCCCCAGACAAGGACUCUGUUACCGAUUCAGUGGAAAAUGGAGACACAGAAAUCUCUAGUGAAACGCCGUCAGAGGAGACUGCCCUCAAGCCUGCCGAGAGACCUUCAUAGGCUGGGUACAGGAUGAAAGGAUUGUGAGGGGGGACAAAAAGAGACUUUGUACAGUAUAUGUGUUAAAUAACAGAGUUUUGUAAUUUAUGUGGAUGGACUGCAGUGGAGUCAAUGAGAGUCUGUGUGAUAAUUAGAAAAGGGGAAUGACAUUGCUAUGGUUGCCAUUGAUAUAAAUUGUAAACAACACUGAAUGUAUGUAACUCGCUCUGUUUUGCCAUAGUGGAGAACAAAUCCUAUGGUGAUAAAUGAGCUGGUGAAAAAGAGACUUAAGGGUGGGGGUGUUUUAAAUUAAAUUAUCUGUAUUGCAGGCUUCAUUUAGCCUGUUACAGCUGCCAUUACAAAUGAAUAAUAUAAGACCCACAUGCUGAUAAGAACUUGCCAGGACAGAGUAAGUUGAGACCUUGUCAGGGCAUGACUCCUAGCCAUGUGUUUCCUUCAUGUUCCAGGUUUAGAACAAACAAGUUACAAUUACUGUGGUUUGUUACUGGCCAGGUUAAUUCCAACCCACUUUAAUCAGUACACUGUUAAAAUGAGAUGAGUUACUGUUUUUUCCCAUUGUUGUGCCUUUGACUGUAGCUGGCCAGCAGGGAUGUCUCACCUGGUUAAGAACAAUCAACCCAAAAUUCAACAAGACAAGCAAAAGCCUCUCUCUACAUUACCUUAUGUGUGUGUGUAUAUAGGUUGGUGUAGACACACACACACAAAAGUGUAGAUUUUUCCUGCAUGUUCGCUCUCAAAAAUCUUGACAGCCUUAAUAUUCAUGGCGAUUAAGGGUUGCAAAGUUUUGCUGUAUUUAUUUGUGGUGUUACUCAUACAUAAUUCUGUGCCAUUUUUACUUACAGUUUUCCUGUCUGUAAAUACCAAGCAAGUAUAUUUGGGACAGAUUAUGCUUGUCUGUAAAGCAUCAAUAGGAUCAGAAUUAUUUUACUGUUUGUGCUGUUCUGGAUUUUUCUGUAGGUUUUUCUACUGCCAGGCGGCAAUACAGAAAGUGUGAAUGCGCUGGGAUUUAGAACUCGCAUCUGUCAUUUGAAUAACAAUGCGAACAAGCCAGUCUUGAGGAUAUUCUGUUGUUUAUGGCAGUAUGAAGUGAAAGAAGGAUGUUUUAACUAAUUUCUGGCAUUGCUGUCUCCUGUUAUGUGAAAAGUGCAAUGUAUUUAUUAUUAUUAUUAUUAUUAUUAUUUUUUUUUUUUUUAAAUAUGCCAAUAAUAUACAAAGAAAAACAAAUGACUGUUUAUGGUACAGGGAUACUGUGUUUUUUUUUUUUUUUUUAACUACAGGGAAAAGAGUGCUUACAAUAUCCAUUUUUCGUGUGCUUUUACUAAGUUCAUCCUUCUCGCCGCUUGCUGAUGAUCUGCAAUGGUAACAAGCCACUGUGGUGAUUUUUGCUUUUCUAUUAGUGUCAGUAAUUGUUUUUGGGGUUGUUUUAUUUAAUGAGAAUACCGGGCUCUAUCCAAAGAUGACUGCAUAACCAGGCCCUGUGCUAGUACUACUGUAGCAUACCUACAUUCAAAGGUAGGUGGAAAAGGUUGUGUGUGUCUCUGUUAGAGAAAACAGGAAGCAAAGCAUCUAUUAUACAUACACAUAUAUACACACACACACACACACACACACACAUAUACACUAGAUUCCAUUUAUUAGCAAGAUGGAUAAAGAGAAGUUAUUCAGUUAUUAACAUUUUCCUAGGAACCAAUCCCGCCCCAUAAACUUUAGUGUUAAUAGAAUUCUGAUAUUAGCAACUGCACGCUGCUUAUUGACAACUUUAUUACUAGUUGCCAGUGCUACAGAGUGCACUUGCAUGAUUUAUGCACAUACUUCAUGCAGCUUUUAUAACACAGUGACUUCGCAACUGAGUAUUUCUAGCGGACUGAGGCAGAAUCGUGGCUUUGAAACUGGCUACGAAGCUGCAUGCAAAAUUGAGAUGGAUUUACAGCAGGAG